AUGCUUAUGCCUCGUACAAGAGCUGAACAUCGUCGAUUCGAAAUAACUAAUGAAGAAAGGAAAGCAAGCUUUGAUGCAAAUAGCAACACGAAAAAAGUAAAACGUAACGUAUUGAAAUCAGCGGUCUAUCCAAGAUGA